AUAAAUAUAUGUAAAGGCAGGGAUGGUAAUCCAUCAGCCACAAGAAGCUGGUUUUUGUGUGGAAAAGUGAGAGAAAAAUGGCCCUGAAAUUGUAUGUGGAUCGGCUGUCCCAGCCUUCUCGUGCAGUUCUUACCUUCUGCAAGGUAAACGGGAUCGAUUUUGAAGAGGUUAAGAUUCAACUCGCCAAAGGACAGAAUUAUUCUCCUGAAUAUGCAGAGGUAAAUCCCAUGAAAGAAGUUCCAGCAUUAGUGCAUGGAGAUUUCAAGCUUUUUGAGAGUCAUGCCAUGCUCAUCUAUCUAGCUUCGGCAUUUUCUGGAGUUGCGGAUCACUGGUAUCCAGCUGAUCUUCAAAAAAGAGCACAGAUCCACUCGGUGCUCGACUGGCAUCACUCUAAUUUGCGACGUGGCUCAGCUACAUAUAUCUUUAAUUCCCUUAUCGCACUUGCGUUGGGGCGCCCUUUGAACCUGGAAAAAGCAGCUGAAGGUGAGAAAAUUCUGAUAGCAUCUCUUGCAAAGAUCGAGUCCUUUUGGCUUCGGGAUGAUGGCCCAUUUUUGCUCGGAAACUCUCAACCUUCCAUCGCAGAUCUUAGUUUAGCAUGUGAAGUCAUGCAACUUGAGCUUGUUGAAACUAAGGAUCGUGAUCGCAUUUUAAGCCAUCAUAAAAGAAUUCUGAAGUGGGUCGAGGAUACGAAGAGUGCUGCUGCACCUCAUUUUGAGGAGCUACAUUCUUUAAUGUCCCCAGCCAAAGAGAAGCUACUGAGCCUGAAGUCCUUGGCAACUAAGGAGGCAGAAUCCCAUGGGAAACUUGCUUAGCAUUCUCAGACGAAAAAUCCAGGCAGAGAACAACAAUGUUGGUAUGUUUAAUAAGAUGAAUUGGAUAAUAUAGGAUGAUAAUAAUGAAAAAGAAUUUAAUAGUUUCGUCUUGUCCAACACUACUUAUCGAAUAUCCACUGUGUAAUAUUAAUAAAAAAAAGAAUUUAAUUAUUUUGUCUUGCCCUGCUUAUCCAAGAACAUUAUAUGUAAUAUUCAAUUAUCAAAUAUUAUCUUUGUUUUCCACCGUA